CCGCCCUUUUAUUGGAGGACAGCCAUUAUUGUUGUGAGGUGCUUUUUGCUCUCUUCCCUUCCUCCACCGCAGUUCACUGGGUCUCAAUCUCCAGCCUGUCUUGCUUGUUUAUCUCUCGCUUUGGCUUUUACAAUUGGCACAAGUUGUCUACUACAUUGUUCAAUCUGACCUACUACUUGCGCAACGUUUUACGCACUCAUCAUCACGACCGACAUGUUCUUGCGCCGCAGCAGCUCACGGCUAUCCGCCUUGUUGCGCCGUCAAUCUCCGCGCUCCCUUGUCGCCAAACAUCGCUCAUAUUCUACUUCCCAGCCUCAAGGACAAGAUGACAUUGACGCAAUUCUUGCAAAGCCGACUUGGUCUGUCCGCUCGCUGCUCCCCGACGAGACCGAUAAGCCCUCCAUUCCCUCGGUGACUCCCGAACAGCUUCGCCAUCUGCUCCGCUUGUCUGCACUGCCCCAACCCGCGAACGAGGAAGAGGAGAGAAAAAUGCUCGACACUCUGGAGUCCCAGAUCCAUUUUGUGAAGCAAAUCCAGCGCGUCGAUGCCAGCGGCGUUGAGCCUCUACAAAGCAUCCGCGACGAGACUCCUGAAGCGGUGAAGGAAAACACGAUUGGUCUGGAAAAGCUCAAAGAAGCCUUGUCCAAGGAACGGGUUGUCGGACGCAACAAGAGGAUUCAACGAAUUGAAUCGCAAAGGAACGAGCGACCGGACGGAGACAUCUGGGAUGGAAACGCCCUCGCAUAUGCUUCCAAGACCAAAGGCAAAUUCUUCGUUGUGGAUACCAAAAACUAAGCGCUUCUUUCUGAAGGAGAAAGAGAUCAAAAUCAGGCACUUUGCACACACGCUGGAAGGCUGAUUCAACUUAGGAGUGACUUACGUGAUUGUUUCAGCUGCUCGAAAUAACCGGGGGCAGUCUGGGCGCUGAGUCAGCCGUGAUCUCAUCUCCGCUGCAAGCGGCGACCU